UAGUAUUUAAUAGCCUGAUGGUUGUCAGGAAGAAGCUGCUCCUGAAACUGGACAUUACAAUUUUCAGGCAUUCUUCCCAAUUUUUAUACAAGGCCUUUUCAUACCUUCUUCCCAAUGGCAGAAGUGGAAUGAGAGUGUGGCCAGGGUGAUAUGGGUUUCUGUUAAUGGCGGCUGCCUUUUUGAGGCAGUGACUCUUGUAGAUCCCUUUGAUGGUGGGGAGGUCAGUACCUGUGAUGGACUAGGCAAUGUUCACCACUUUUUGCAAUCUUCUUCGUCCUGGGCGUUCGAUUUGCUGAACCAGGUUGUGAUGCAACCAAUCAAUAUGCUCUCUACUGUACACCCGUAGAAGUUCAAGAGAAUUUUCAUUGCAAUAUCAAAUCUCAAUCUUUACAGGAAGUAAAGGUUCUGGAGGGCUUUCUUUAUGGUUGCAUCAAUGUGCUGGAUCUCGGACAGAUCUGCAGAGAUAUACAUGCCCAGGAAUUUGAAGCUUUUGACUCUCUCCACCACCAUCCCGUCAAUGAAGACAGGUUUGUGGAUCCUCAUUGUUUUCUCUUCCAAAGUCCACAAUCUGUUCCUUGGCCUUCUUGACAUUGAGAGCAAGGUGGUUGUCCUGGCACCAUUUGGCCCGUUAAGUGAUCUCUCUCCUAUACUCUGGCUCAUCAUCAACUGUAAUUCAUCCAACAUGGUUGGUGAACUUGAAAAUGUAGUUGGAACUGUGUCUGGCUGCACAGUCAUAAGUACAGAGUGAAUAGAGCAGGGGGCUGAUCACAUAGCCGUGAGGUGCUCGCGUGCUGAUGGUUUUCGAGGAGGAAGGGUUGCUGCCAAUUUGUAAGGAUUGUGGUCUGUUGCUGAAGAAGUUGAGGAUCCAGUUGCAGAGGGAUGCACAGAAACCCAGUUCCAUGAAUUUAGUAACUAACUUAGAGGGAUGAUGGUGUUGAAUGCUGAGCUAUAGUCUAUGAUCAACAGUCUGACGUGUGUUUUUAUCAUCCAACUGGUCUAGUGCAGAGUGGAGAGCCAGUGAGGUCACAUCCUGUGUUGACGUGUUGUGGCAGUAGGCAAAUUGUAGUUAGUCUGGGUUCUUAUUAAGGUUGGGGUUGAUAUGCGCCAUAACUAACCUCUCAAAGCACUUAAUCACCAUGGACGUUAGUGCUACCAGUCGAUAAUUGUUAACACGCAUCAUCUUACAAUAUUGGGCACCAGUAUUAUUGAUGCCCUCUUAAAGCAGGUGGAAACCUCUUAGACCACAGUAAUGAGAGAUUGAAGAUGUCCGCAAAAACUCCAGCCAUUUGGUCUGCACAAGUUUUAAGAACACGACCAGGUAUACUUUCAGGUCCAGACCCUUUCCGAGAGAUCACCAUCUUGAAGGAUUUUCUGAUGUCAGCCUCUGUGACUGAGAUUGGGGGCUAUGGGGGCCCCGGGAUGGCACAUCAGUGUACUCGCUAUCAAAGCGGGUAUAGAACGCAUUGAUCUUGUCUGGGAGUGAUGCUUCGCUGCCGCUUGAGUUGCCCCCUGAUUUCACCUUGUGGGAAGUGAUGUCAUGCAAGCCCUGCCACAGCUGCCGAACCUCCACCAGCUUAGAGUAAAAGUCCCUUUUAGUAUUUUUGAUGCCCUUAUCAGGUCAUAUCUGUAAAGUCACUUCUUGUAUAACCCCGCGUCGCCAAAUUUCAAUGCCCGAGAUCUGGUCCUCAGAAGAAUGCGGACCUCCUGGUUUAUGCAAAGCUUCUGGUUGGGGAACACUCGGAUGGUUUUCGUGGGAUCACUCUCCACCACACAAAGAGCAGUGGCGGCAUUUAAGACAUAAAGAACAUAUUUCUUACAAUGUAAACUGUUUGAAUCCCGUGCAAAUGGACUAAAAUAGAUCAGUCUGAUCACAGGACCCUCCACUGAAACUCACCUGCAAUCUGCUGGUGCUUGUCUACUGAAAUGUAGGUUAUUUUUAUUUUUGUGAAGUGCUUUAAAUUGUUAAAGUACACGUUUUCAAAUCUCCAUCUUUAUCAUUAUGGUUUUGUAGGUUGAGAAAUACAGAUUCAUCUUAAUCCUUUGCUUUGAUUUGAAUUUGAAAUGGUAGGGUUAUUCUGAUAAAUGCACUCUCAAGAAUCCCGGCAGCAGGCAGGAGGGAGUUAAAAUCUAAACGAGGUUCCAAUUGCUCUUUGAAUGUUCCACCUGCCUGUAGAAUUCAAUCAGAGACAGUGGAAUCAAAUUAAAACACUACGCUGAGCCGACACUGUCUUCUUUUUAUUCAAUUUACCUUAAAGUUCUGCUAUGGACAUGUCCGAAUAUUAUAAAUAAUACAUGUAGUUUGUUCAGCAGAAUGCCUGAUAUUUUAUUCAUCAGUUCAGCUGUAGAAGAGGCUGACAGUACACCUUUAUAAUGCUCCUUGCCUAUAACGUUAGAACAAGCGUUGAGCCAUAGGGUUUGAGAAACAAAGAUGCUGCUGAGUCCACGGCUGAAAAUCACCAGACAAGGAAAAUCCAUCAGUCUAAUAAUGGAUGAUCACGGUGGCUCCUUGGACAGACCCCAAUCUGCCCGAUCCAGGCAAAAUGUCAUUAAAUGUGGAUGGCUGAGAAAGCAAGGGGGCUUUGUUAAAACUUGGCACACUCGAUGGUUUGUGCUGAAGGGUGACCAGCUUCAUUACUACAAGGAUGAAGAUGAAAACCGACCACUGGGGACUAUUUUCUUGCCUGGAAAUAAUGUCACCGAGCACUCGACUAAUGGAGAUGAGUCCAGGAAGUUCCUUUUUGAAAUUGUUCCAGGUGGAGAUCGCGAUCGAAUGACCACCAAUCAUGAAACGUACCUCCUCAUGGCCACUGCACAGAAUGACAUGGAAGACUGGGUGAAGACUAUUCGCAGGGUGAUCUGGGCACCCUUCGGUGGAGGUAUCUUUGGCCAAAGGCUUGAGGACACUGUCCGCUAUGAACGACGGUAUGGGACCCACAUGGCCCCAAUGCUUGUGGAGCAGUGUGCUGACUUCAUCCGCCAGAGAGGACUGAAGGAAGAAGGUCUUUUCCGGUUACCUGGUCAGGCCAAUCUGGUGAAGGAGUUACAAGAAGCCUUUGACUGUGGUGAGAAGCCAUUGUUUGACAGCAACACAGAUGUGCACACCGUGGCCUCAUUGCUCAAGCUGUAUCUACGGGAGCUGCCAGAGCCAGUCAUUCCCUAUGCUAAAUAUGAUGAGUUCCUCUUGUGUGCCAAAUUCUUCACCAAAGAACAAGAGACUGGGAUGAAGGAACUAAUCAAGCAAGUGAAGACCAUCCCUCCUGUCAACUUCAACUUGCUCAAGUAUAUCUGCAGGUUCCUGGAUGAGGUCCAGUCUUAUUCAGAUGUAAACAAAAUGAGUGUUCAGAACCUGGGAACGGUGUUUGGGCCAAACAUACUGCGUCCAAAAGUUGAAGAUCCUGUUACUAUAAUGGAAGGUACAGUCCUGGUUCAGCAGCUAAUGUCGGUAUUUAUAAGUGAACACAACAAUUUGUUUCCCAAAGAUGGAGAGGAGAUUCAGGGCAGACAGGAUGGCUGCAACAACAACAAUGAAGUAGCAAAGAAACCCUUGGCAGGGUUCACCCCGCCUCUCAACAAGGAGAACAAGAAACCUCAAUCCGAACCUGUGCGCCUGUGCUCCUGGGACAACUCAGAGUCGCCCAAAAGGGUAAGCGGCGAGAAUCCGGGAUCUCCGACUGCACUGAAUGAGGGCAACAAGUUAAGCAGCAGUCCCAGGAGCAGCCUGGGCAAAGUGGAUGUCAACAGAAGCCCACCCAUCAUGGUGAAGAAGAACCCUGCCUAUUCCAAAGGGAGUGGCAUUGUCACCAACGGCUCCUUCAGUAGCCCAGCCGAGACCCAGGAGAAGAUUCAGACGUUGCCAAAUGGGAGUCUGCAGGCGAGGAGGAAUUCCUCACUGAAAGGGACGGGUACCAAGCUGGGGACGGGCAGCAUGCAGAACGGGGCAGUGAGGCUGGGGAUCUCCAGCACAGACAUGAUGAACUCCUCUCUCAACAACCGCGUUGUAGCCUGGAUGCCUAAUGGGUAUGUUAUGCUGCGGGACGGCAAGACCAAAGAAGCCAUGAACAGUGAGCCCACCACUCAGCAGCACAGACUCUCCACCUACGACAAUGUCCAGCAGCAGUUCUCGCUUUGCAACUCAGAUGACAAGCAGAGUGUGGACAGCGCCACCUGGUCCACAUCCUCCUGCGAGAUCUCCCUGAUGGAGCACAGCAAUUCCUGCCGCUCCUCCACCACCACCUGCCCAGACCAGGACAUUUACGCAGCGGGUUACGAGGACCCGGCACUGGAGGGCUCAGUCCACGACGCCUCCUUCCGGACUGACUCUGAGAACAAGUACGAGCGGAGCAGCGGGGGCGGCUGCAGCAGCCGGGCCACUAGCAGCAGCGACAACAGCGACACGUUUGUCUCCAAUGCUUCUACCGGCAACCAUAGUGCGUUGCACAGUCUUGUGGCCAGCCUGAAGCAAGAAGUUACAAAGCAGAAGAUCGAGUAUGAAGCGAGAAUCAAAAGCUUGGAGCAGAGAAACCUUGAACUGGAGUCUGAGGUAAUGACACUUCAUGAGGAACUGGACCAGGAGAGGAAGAAGUAUACCAUGGUGGAAAUAAAGAUGAGGAACACAGAGCGUGCACGGGAAGAUGCCGAGAAACGCAACGAAAUGUUGCAAAAGGAGAUGGAGCAAUUUUUCUCGACAUUUGGUGAUCUGACUGUGGAGACUCGAAGGUCUGAUCGAAGUAAUACCAUAUGGAUUCAGUAAAGAUCAAAAUAUCAAAGACUGUGGUUGGGGAGGGGUGGAGAAAAUCAGGUGACUGGUCACCUGAUUGGGGUUAUGCUCAAUGAAACUCAAAACCUUGAAGGAUAAAAUGCAUUUCAACUGUA